AUGAAAUCCCUACAAAUUUAUGUUUUACAAUUUAUUAUACGUAAAAUGUAAAUAACAAGACUCGACGAAUUUAAAAUUAAAAAGAUAUUUUUUAUCUGAUAAGAAUAAAUGAUACCACUAAUAGAGGGAUAUAAAUAGUGACAAAUAUUUGACGAGAUUUCAAGUUUAUUGUAGAAAAUUUUUUUUCUAAAUCUAAGGAAUUUUCACUUGGAGUAUAUGCGAGUGGAGAGAUCAAUUUGCGAAGAAGGAGAAGAGGGGAGAAAAUGAGUAGAAUAAUUCUUGAAAUGAAGAAUGAAACGACAGAAGAUAAGAAAUUGAGAAAUAAAAUUUCAAACAGUGAAAUCAGUCACUUUUUGCCUGAAAAGUACAAAAAAGGUGUCACCGAAAAUAUCACAAGCAAAGAUGCAUUUUCUCAAAUUUUUGCAAGUUGCCUGGCCAAUUGUAUUGUUAUUCAAGUUGGAAUUCAUAUGGCAUUCAGCACAGUUUUUAUCGAGGAUUUAAAACGUAGCGGAAAAAUGACGAUAGACAAAGACAAUGAAUCUUGGAUAACAAGUCUGAUGACAAUUGGUGUGCCAAUUGGAUCCCUAUUGGUUGGACCAUUAAUGGAUAAGUUUGGACGAAAGAAACUUUGUCUCUUCUCAUGUAUUCCAAUGAUGAUUUCAUGGCUGAUAUUAAUAAUGGCGAACUCGAUAAAUUUAAUUUACAUUUCGAGAUUUAUUGCUGGAUUCUCAUCAGGUUUGACGACAGUUGGAUUAAUAUACGUCUCGGAAAUUACGCAUCCAAGAAUACGACCAAUGAUGCUCUCGUGCAAUUCCGUUUUCGUUUCGUUUGGAAUUCUCAUCACGUGCUGUCUGCCCGUGUGGCUCAAUUGGCUCAACAUGGCGAUUGUCUUUUUAAUCAUCAAUUGUCUAACGUUUUUCGGUCUGUUCUUCAUACCGGAAAGUCCGUAUUGGUACCUUUGCCUCAAUAAAAAAACGCAAAAAGCUGAAUUCAGGGCUGAAAGGAGUCUCCGGUGGUUGAAUCGACGGGAGAAGAUAUUUCAAAGUGAAUUGUCACGUUUAAGGGCGAUAGUCACUGAUCGAAAUGGAACGUCAGAUGAGAAAAGUUUGCUGAAAAGUUUACAGAACUUCUGUCACGAAAUCCGUCAACCAACUGCUUAUAAACCAUUGACGAUAAUUUCCAUUUUACUUCUAAUCCAACAGCUCUCGGGUUGUUAUGUCAUAAUAUUCUAUGCGAUUUCAGUAUUUAAAAAUAUAAACUCCGGCAAUAAUUUGGAGCGAACUCAAGAGAAUGAUUCGGCAAUUUAUGGUGCACUCGUUUUACUUGGUGUUGUGAGAUUUUUCAUGAGUAUUCUAACGGCGUAUUUUAGUAAAAUUUACGGUCGACGAAUUCUUUGCAUUUCCAGUGGUCUUGGCAUGUCGUUCUCCAUGUUUUUCUCGGCAAUGUACAUGUACUUGACGACGUCGUGGGACGAGAGGACGAGUUAUCAUCAACAAUCGACAAUGCUGGGACAAACGUGGAUUCUGAUUGUUAUUAUUCUGUUCUACAUUUGUAUGAGUGCGAUUGGCUUUAUGGUGAUACCGUGGACAUUGACUGGUGAACUGUUGCCGAUUUCAAUAAAAGGUUGUGCGAGUGGUUUUGUCAUUGCAAUCGCUUAUGUUGUUAUGUUCGGUGUGAUGAAGACGUAUCUGUAUGUUCUGGACGCAAUUGGAACUCAGGGGAUAUUCUUUUUCUUUAGUUUUAUUUCAAUAUUGGGUACGGCAUUUGUUUACGUUUUUUUACCAGAGACAUUGGGCAAAUCGUUUGCCGAUAUUGAGAAAUAUUUUAUUGAUGAUAAAAAAGGUAGUGCGAAACGAUUGAGAAUUCCUGACAAUGGGAAUGAAGAGAAUUUAUCCGUUUGAGAUAGUGUACAUGAUUUGGGCUUAAUUGGACACUAAUAUGUGAAAAAAUGACUGUGAGGCCAUUCCUUUUAUCGCAAAAUUCAUACAUUUGCGGUAAAGAAUAUCGUCUGCGUUACGGGACAGGUGUGCGAUUUUAUCCUCUUGUGAGAAAACCACUUUCUGUCCCUCGGCGCACAAUAUACUAUUAAUUAAGCGUACAUUAAUUCUAGUAAUAUAUACAUUCUUUAUUUAUAUAUCAAUUUUGAUAAAAAUGUUUCAGAUAAUAAUAAUAACAAUAAACAGAAAUAUAAAUUUUUGAUAAAAAA